GAUCCGUUGGGAUGCAGCGCAUGGAUUGAAUAUGGAGGCCGCUGAGGAGAAUGACAAGUCGGUCUCAGAUCUCAAAGAGACAGUGCAGGAGUCGUUCAACAAUUAUCAAGUUGACUGCGUGAAUUUCACGGUGUUGACUUCUGACGAGAUCUCCACCUACAGCGAAGUAGAGGUCUUGAACCAGAACAACUAUGACAUUACAACCGAAAAGACCUUCAUUUUCGGCCCACUGGAUUCUCGCAUGGGCAGCAACAGCAAAGCUGGGCUCUGUGGCACAUGCAACAAGCGCAUCGAUGAGUGCGUGGGCCACUUCGGACACAUCAGCCUAGCCUUGCCGGUGUUCCACGCGGGGUUUCUGAGGCACACGCAUCAGGUGCUUCAAACCAUUUGCAAAGCCUGCGGCCGUUUGAUGCUGUCGCCCGAGAUGGCUUUGCGCUACGUGCGACGGCUGCGGAAGCCCACAACGGACGACCUGCAGAAACAGAGCUUGCACAGGAAGAUCUUGGAAAGCUGCAAGCUGACCCGGGUGUGUCCACAUUGUCGGGAGCAUAACGCUUCCGUGCGGAAAGGAAGUGGCGUGCCAUUGAUGAUUAAGCAUCAGGUUGGCCCCUCCAACAAGAACGCACCUGAUGACAUGAGCAAAGAAUUCUCCGAGACUUUCCGAGACGCCAGAGAUUUCAACAAAGAACUCCAGCCCUACGCUGAGAAGGCAUCUGCAGAUUACAACCCAUUGGAAGCCUACGAGUUGUUGAAGAGAGUUCCACCCAUUGAUCGCGAACUGCUGGGCUUAGUACGUCCCGAGCAACUCAUCCUCUUCGCGGUGCCGGUGCCACCGGUGUGCAUCCGACCUACCGUGAGCAUGGGCGACCGCGGCACGCGGGAGGACGAUUUGACCGUGGCGGUGGGACAGAUCGUAGAGGCCAACACAGCUCUGCAGCAGCAGCUGGCGCGGGGCUUCCCUCGGCAGAUUCUGGAAGCCUGGGAGUUUCUCCAAGAAGCAUGUGCCAGAUACAUCAAUUCGGAGAUGUCAGGACUGCCGCAGAUCAAAGGAAAAAUGGUACGCUCUCUUUGCACCAGACUUAAAGGAAAAGAAGGGCGUUUCCGUGGCAACCUGAGCGGCAAACGCGUGGACUUCUCAGCUCGAACCGUGAUCUCGCCGGAUCCCAACGUCAGCGUGGAGGAGGUGGUGAUCCCCGAGUGGGUGGCGAAACGGAUGACCUUCCCCGAGAAGGUCUGCGACGCGAACAUCCAGCGGCUUCGAGAAGCCAUCGAUCGAGGUCCAGAGAAGCAUCCUGGUGCCUGUUGCAUCCAUACUCCCGACGGACGCCGGAAAUUUCUUGGAGUCAUCAAGCGCAACAUGCGGAAGCAGAUGGCUGAGAGUUUGAAAACGGGCGACAUGGUGGAACGACACAUGCGUGAUGGUGAUAUCGUCCUCUUCAACCGCCAGCCGUCUUUGCAUCGACUAUCCAUUAUGGCACACCGGGCCAAAGUGAUGCCUGGUCGUACCUUUCGAUUCAACGAGUGCGUUUGUGCACCCUACAAUGCUGAUUUCGAUGGAGAUGAAAUGAAUAUUCACUUGCCUCAAACCGAAGAAGCCAGAGCAGAGGCAUACCAACUCAUGGGAGUUCGGGAUGGCUUGGUGACGCCCAAGAGUGGUGAGGUGGCCAUUUGCGCCACGCAGGACUUCCUCACUGGUGCGUUUCUCUUGACACAGAGAGAUGUCUACCUCUCGCGGGACAAGUUCUGUCAGCUUUGCUGCUUCCUCUCAGAUGGCUUGGAAACGAUCGAUUUGCCGCCCCCGGCAAUACUGAAGCCCUGUGAGUUGUGGACGGGGAAACAAGCCAUUAGCGUCAUGCUGCGACCCAAUCGUCGCUCGAAAAUCUAUGUGAAUCUGGAAGUCCCUGAAAAGAACUACUCCAAAAAGGGUGUGAGUAUGUGCCCCAACGAUGGUUGGGUUUUAUUUCGCAACUCGGAACUUCUCAGCGGCAAUUUGGGCAAGAAAGUCUUGGGAGGAGCCAAGAACGGUUUGUUUUUCAGACUCAUCCGCGAUUGCGGUGCACAAUCUGCCAUCGACUGCAUGAGUCGCAUCGCCAAGCUAACGAGUCGAUGGUUGAUGAACCGCGGAUUCACCAUUGGAAUUGACGAUGUGAAUUCCGAGUAUGGCCAGGGGGCUGGUCGAGUGUCUGUGGAGAAACAACGAAUCACCGAAGAGAAGUAUGGAGCUGUCGCACGAUACAUCGGACAGUACAACAGCGGGACACUGGAGAACAAACCUGGCUGCAAUGCAGAGCAGACCUUGGAAGCGUUGGUCAAUGGAGAGCUUGGAAGGAUUCGAGACAUGGUGGGAAGCAUGUGCGAAGAGAAGUUGGCCUUCUACAACAAACCCAGGAUCAUGGCCACCUGCGGCUCGAAGGGCAGUCCCAUCAACUUGUGUCAGAUGAUGGCCUGCGUGGGCCAGCAAAACGUGGGUGGGCAACGCAUCAAGGACGGCUUCGUGAAUCGGACGCUGCCGCACUUCGCCAAGGGCAGUCGGGAACCGAAGGCCCGAGGAUUUGUGGCCAACUCCUUCUACAGUGGCUUGGAGCCCCCGGAGUUCUUUUUCCACACCAUGGGAGGACGCGAAGGUCUGGUAGACACCGCCGUGAAGACGGCGGAGACAGGCUACAUGCAACGACGCCUGAUGAAGGCCCUGGAAGACUUGUCCUUGAAGUACGACAUGACCGUUCGUACGUCAAAUAGCGAUGUGGUGCAAUUCGCCUUUGGUGAUGAUGGCUUGAAUCCUGCGAAGAUGGAGGGCUCGGCUUCCAAACCCUUGGACUUUGAGUACGUGCUGAACUAUGUGGUGCACGUUUUGCGGCCUCCGCAUCGAGCACGUCGCAGCAAGAAAGUGCAGGUGGCGAAAGCUCCUGGAGAUCUACCUGCCAUGGAGCAAAAGGGGCGUGUGGCAGAGCCAAUUCAGAGGAGUGUUCAGCAAGCGCAGAGUGACCAGUACAAGUUGUGGCCUCUCCUUCCCCAUGAGCUCAACCAGUUGGCUCGACCCUGUGCGGAACGCUUCGUGGAAUUUGUGACCAGGACUCAGGGCGCCACAGAUCUGGAACUUGAGCACGUGAAGAGCGACGUGCGCAACUUCAUCCAGAGCUUGGCACAGCAGGUGGCCGAAAAACGGCAGAUCUUGAGUUUGGAAGUGGGUGACACUGAGGCGUCUGCUAAGAAGGCUCGUGCCAAAUGGAGGCUGGAAGAUUCCCUCUCCUUGAUGGAUUUGGGGCCUUGUCCAACGCUGCAGCAACUGGAUGCAUUCUUAAACACUUGUGCGGUGAAAUAUGUCCAGGCCUUGUUGAUGCCUGGAGAGGCGGUCGGCGCUGUGGCCGCGCAAUCCAUUGGUGAACCGGCCACUCAAAUGACGCUGAAGACCUUCCACUUUGCUGGUGUGGUAGGGUUGCCCUGGAUCUGA